AUGGAUUACGAAGCGCUUAAGGAUCAAUGGAGUGAUGUGGAGGAUCGUGAUGGUAUCAGGCUCAGUUGGAACACUUUCCCGAGCUCUCGCAUGGAAGCCUCUCGACUGGUUGUCCCCAUUGGCGCCAUCUAUACGCCUCUUAAGGAGAAGCCAGACUCCCCACUGCUUCAAUAUGAGCCUGUUACCUGCAAACAACCCUGCCGGGCUGUGCUCAACCCAUAUGCCACCGUCGACACCCGCGCAAAAGUUUGGAUUUGUCCCUUCUGUUUGAUGCGUAAUCCUCUUCCACCGCACUACAAGGACAUUACAGAGAACACAAUACCCCCGGAGCUCCACCCGCAAAGCACCACAAUCGAGUACCAAUUGGCCCGACCCGCCCCAGCUCCUCCGAUCUUUGUCUAUGUUGUCGACACUUGCCAGGAGGAGGAUAGCCUGCAGGCCCUCCGAGACUCGCUCGUCAUGAGCUUGUCUCUGCUGCCGCCCAAUGCGCUCGUCGGUCUGAUUACCUACGGCACCAUGACCCAAGUCCAUGAGCUUGGCUACGCCGAGUGUGCCAAGUCUUAUGUAUUCCGAGGCAACAAGGACUACAACGCCAAACAGGUUCAGGAGAUGCUGGGCCUCGUUGCUGGCGCCGCGCGCCCUGGCAUGCCCCCUCAGCAGCAACCGCCACGCCCUCCCCUCGGCCCGGCUGCCCGUUUCCUCCUCCCCGUCCAGCAGGCUGAGUUCCAGAUCACCAAUGUCCUCGAGCAAAUGCAACGCGACCCGUGGCCCGUGGCCAACGACAAGCGACCUCUACGCUGCACUGGUGUCGCCCUGAGCGUCGCCGUUGGCUUGCUCGAAUCCAGCUUCCAGAAUGCCGGUGGUCGUAUCAUGGCCUUCCUGAGUGGUGCGGCUACUGAGGGUCCUGGCCACGUUGUUUCGCCUGAGCUGAAGGAGCCCAUCCGUUCGCAUCACGAUAUUGAUCGGGAUAACAUCAAGUACUACAAGAAGGCCGUGAAGUUUUACGAUGCUCUUGCCAAGCGUGCUGCCAACAACGGCCACAUAGUCGACAUCUUUGCCGGCUGUCUCGACCAGGUCGGCCUUUUGGAGAUGAAGAACCUUUCCAACUACACCGGUGGCCACAUGCUCCUAACGGACAGCUUCACCUCGUCUCAAUUCAAGCAAUCUUUCGUCCGGGUAUUCGACAAGGACGCCAACGACAACCUACUGAUGGGCUUCAAUGCCUCUCUGGAGGUCCUGACCACCAAGGAGCUCAAGGUUACUGGUCUUAUUGGUCACGCAAUUUCUCUGAACAAGAAGUCCAGUUCGGUUGGUGAAACGGAAUGCGGUAUUGGAAACACUUGUGCGUGGAAGAUGUGCGGUAUCGAUCCGUCCUCCAGCUACGGUGUUUACUUUGAGAUUGCCAACCAAGGUGGCCCCGCUGCCGUGCAGGCCGGUCCCCAACGGGGCAUGAUGCAGUUCUUGACAUACUACCAGCACUCCUCCGGGCAUUACCACCUGCGUGUGACUACGACCGCACGGCCACUCAGCGGCCCUGCCGGCGACCCCACGCUGGCGCAAUCUUUCGACCAGGAGGCCGCUGCCGUGCUCAUGGCUCGUAUUGCCGUCUUCAAAGCUGAGGUGGAUGAUGGUCCCGAUGUGCUGCGCUGGGUGGACCGCAUGUUGAUUAGACUCUGCUCACGGUUUGCCGACUACCGGAAGGACGACCCAACAUCAUUUAGAUUGGAGAAGAACUUCACUUUGUACCCGCAGUUCAUGUUCCACCUGCGGCGAAGCCAGUUCUUGCAGGUGUUUAACAACUCCCCCGACGAGACUGCUUUCUACCGCCACGUCCUGAAUCACGAGGAUGCCGGUGACUCGCUGGUCAUGAUCCAGCCCACUUUGGACUCGUACUCUCUGGAGCAAGAGGGUAGCCAGCCCGUCCUGCUGGACUCUGCCUCCAUCCAGCCCACGCAUAUUCUUCUCCUCGACACCUUCUUCCACAUCCUCAUCUUCCACGGUGAGACAAUUGCCGAAUGGCGGAAAGCUGGUUACCAGGACCAGGAGGGCUACGAGAACCUCAAGGUGCUCCUGGACCAGCCCAAGGAGGACGCUAGGGAACUCAUUGCCGACCGUUUCCCUCUGCCCCGUUUCAUUGUCUGUGACGCCGGUGGCUCUCAGGCCCGUUUCCUUCUGUCCAAGCUGAACCCGUCGACCACUCACACCACCGGCGGUUAUGGCGGCGGCGUCUCGUCGCAGACCAUCUUCACUGAUGAUGUCUCGCUGCAGACAUUCAUGGAUCACUUGAUGAAGCUGGCGGUAUCUGGUACGAGCUAA